GUAACUGGCAGUAUUUCCUUUCCCUACAGACACAGAGAAAGCGAUAGCAGUUCUAAUCAGAGGGGUACAGCACGUGGCUUCAUCGGAGCUGUUGUUGAAAGGCACGACUGUGACGCGUGAUGCGAUGUGAGGAGGCUGGGAAGCGCAAUGGAUAGAACAGAGGAGGACAGAGUGCACCACGUUACAACUUAAAAACAACUCAAAAUGAGCUCAGGAAACCCACAAGAAAUGGACUGGCAGGAUGGACAUGAGUAAGUUUGACAUUGACGCCCCGCGCUGGGACCAGUCCACCUUCAUGGGGCGUCUCCGACACUUCUUCAACAUCACUGACCCGCGCACUGCACUGCUGUCGGAUUCAGAGCUCGACCAGGCCAAGAGGCUUGUGGGAAGCUGCAGAGCAGGCAGUGUGCCUCCAGGCACCACCGAGGAGCAGCUCCACUACGCAAAGAAGCUGUUCGAUUCGGCCUUCCACCCGGAUACUGGCGAGCGCAUGAAUCUCAUCGGCAGGAUGUCCUUCCAGGUGCCCGGGGGUAUGGCCAUCACCGGCUUCAUGCUGCAGUUCUACAGAACGGUGCCAGCAGUGGUGUUCUGGCAGUGGGUCAACCAGUCGUUUAAUGCCUUGGUGAAUUACACUAAUAGAAACGCAGCCUCGCCCAUCACACCAAAGCAGAUUGGAGUGGCUUAUGUGACUGCCACCACCACUGCCCUGGCUACAGCUGUGGGGCUGAACCUUUACACCAAGAAAGCGCCUCCUUUAGUAGCCCGCUGGGUUCCAUUCGCUGCCGUGGCAACGGCUAACUGUGUGAACAUUCCCAUGAUGCGACAGCAAGAGAUACUCAAUGGCAUCGCGGUUGUGGAUGAAAACGACAACAAGUUAGGCUACUCCCGGAGAGCUGCAGUGAAGGGGAUCACACAGGUUGUAGUCUCUCGGAUCACCAUGGCAGCCCCAGGAAUGAUUGUUCUGCCCAUUUUAAUGCAGAGGAUUGAGAAAUACCCAUUCAUGCAGAGAAUUAAGUUUCUCCACGGACCCCUGCAAGUGAUGAUGGUGGGGGUGUUCUUGAUCUGCAUGGUUCCUGCAGCCUGCUCACUGUUCCCACAGAGAUGCUCCAUGGCUGUCUCGCACCUAGAGCCGGGCCUGAGAGACUCCAUCAGAGCGCGCUUUGGGGAGGGUGUCAGAUACGUUUACUUCAACAAGGGUCUGUGACCUGGCUGUGCUCUGAGACCUGGUUCCUGGGACUCUUCAGUAUUCUACUUUUCAUUUUGUUUUAAUGGUGCUGAACAGAUGGGGUGGGGGUGCUGACUGAACAAGGACUGUUUUGGGGGGCUGGAUUUCACAUUGAGAUCUGCAUUUUAACUCAAGUUCACUGUGCCUUGAAGAGUGACGCCUUUGUAAGUGUUCUCCUUCCCUGGAGUUCAAAGUUUUCAUCUCUUCUGCCCUUGAGGUGUUUCUCUAGUUAAACCCACACCAUGCCCAGUUGCAAAUCAGGAACUCCACUGGGGCCUAGACCUAUUCUCCCACUGGAGUUCCUGUUUGGCAGUCCAAUGUUACAAUAAAACAGUAUUCAUAUAUUGCAA